GAGAGCUGCUGUUUUCUGUUGAACGUGACUAGAUUCCAGCACAAACCCGAGAUUACCGCCGCUGGUGGGAUGUCUGACUGAAACACCGCAAAACCGACUCUAGGGAAAGACCACUGACACUUGUAAUUGUUUUUAUUAUAAAUACCGGGUCUUGAGUAGCUAAGGGUGAAGUUUGAGCUAACGUUAGCUUCACGGUAACGGUUUAACGGUCCGUCAAACAUGUCGGAGGAGGUGAGUCUGUACGACCUGCUGAACCUAUCCAUCGGGACCCCCCAGAAGUCCUCCGUGAACUUCGGCGCCCUGCACUCGCUGCUCCUCGCCUUGCUGAAACACCUGAAUCUCCGGGAGGUGAAGACCCGGUGGAGGGACUCCUCUUCGGGUUAUUGGAGCCCUGAUCUCACGGCGGCAGAGGAGGAGGUUCAGGUGGAGGUUCAGCCGGACACUGACUUCCAGAAUCGGGCAGCCACUCCCUCAUGCCCGGGCCCGGACCCCGACCAGCUGAACCUCCUUUCCCGCAUCCAGACAUGUGAGGACGGCCUCUCUAAGUCGACGAGGCUGAUCCUGGACCUGAACGAGCAGAACGAGCGUCUGAAGGAGCAGAUGGAGGAGCUCCGGCAGCAACACGAGGCUGGUGUUAAAGCAGACUCAGCGGGUAAACCUCCAGCUUCAGAGUCCAGCAGCUCCACACCAUCCACAGAGGCAGUGGAGGCCCUGAGGAGUGUGAGCCAGCUGCAGGAGAGGCUCGUCCAGGUGGAAGCUCACGUAGCGGUGUUAGAGAAAGAAAAGGCAGACCAGAGCCAGCUGGCUCAGCUCAGAGAGCUCAUCGCCAUCAAAGGUGACGCCAUACAAGCUCCAGAAGUGUCAGAGAGGCUGGAGCAAAAGGAAGCUUCAGAGAGGGCGGAGCAAAAAGCUUCAGAGAGGGCGGAGCCAGAAGCUUCAGAGAGGGCGGAGCAAAAAGCUUCAGAGAGGGCGGAGCCAGAAGCUUCAGAGAGGGCGGAGCCAGAAGUGUCAGAGAGGGUGAAGUCAAAGGCCGUUUCAGAGAGGCUGGAGCAAAAGGAAGCUUCGGAGAGGGCGGAGUCACAGGUUUGCAGAAGAGUGGGUUCAGACAGCGAAAGUUACCGAGAGCUCAGAGAGCAAAUAUCCUACCUCAGGAAGCGUGUGCAGUGGCUGGAGGAGGACGUGAAGCAGCUGCGGGUGAAGCAGACUCAGUGUGAGGAGAAAGCGGCAGACCAACAGCUACAACGUCAGCUGGACGACCUGCGGGGAACGCUGGAGGACACAAUCUUGUCCUUCACAUCUCAGCUGUCCACGGGUCUAUGCGAUGAGGCCGCGCAGGCGCAGAGCGGUGGUCCGAGCCUGAGGAGACGAGCUGACGGACUCUCGUCUCUGCAGGAGCUCUACAAGACGACGGAGGAGCUGGAGGUGAACAAGGCCGACAAGCAGAUGGUCGAGAGUGAAAUCAGAGCAGACAAAUCGGCCCUGGAGGGGAAAGUGAGCCGGCUGCAGCUGGACUCGGUGGCGGAGCAGCUGAGCGGGAUGUUCCACGAGCUGCUGAACAAGGUGACGAGUCAGGAGCAGGACUGGCACAAACUCAUGAGCAAGCUCUCCACCGAGAUGGAGUGUAAGCUGAACCGGAUCGAGCUGGACUCUGUGAAGAAGCAGCUGGAGGAUCGCUGGAGGAGCAUCCACGAGAAGCUGCAGGCUCAGGCGGCGCCGGAGUACGAGGACGCCGCCGGGAUCAGGAAACAGCUCGUGGAGAGAUUUCACUGCCUCUCCUGCGACCGGCCCAUCGUGAAGCACACGCCCGGACCGCAUCUGGUGACGCUGCCCUCGUUUCCUGCGUUCCCCUCGCACAAGUCCAUCAGGCCGUUCACCGUUUACACCAUGGAGCAGUUACGCCAGCACUACCGAAGCCAGCAGCCAGGCACCAACCGCUGCAGGUACGAGGCAGCUAACGCGUGCAGGAGCAGGGAGCGGCUUCAGAGGAGCCACGUCGCCGCGUGCAGGCAGAUAGAGAGCGUAGAGAUGCAGGGACGGCCGCAGCACGGCGAUGCCACGAACACAGCGCAAGGCCAGCACGAGCGCAUAUCUGAGCUGACGGAUUAUGGUCACCUGGCUGCGGCGCGGAGCUGCGGCGGGAGUCACCACACCAACGCUGCGGGCAGCCAGCGCCGCGGCGGCCCGCAGCACACAAAACUCCACGGUGAGGCGGACGGUGCGAUUCAGUCGGAGGAGGUGGAUAUCGUUGGACUGGACGGGCGCAUUUACAAAGGGCGCCUGAACGUCCCGGCCUGCAGGACCUCAGAAACUAAACUGCCAACGAUCCCCACCAGAGACGGCGUGUAUAAGAGUAAGGACAAAGCCAAGCCUGCGUCCUCUCCGGAGGGGGGACACAGCACUCCUCUUCAUCAGCCCUGCAGCCCCAGGAGCGCAGCGUGCAGCCGCUCGGCAUCCAGCUGCUCCGGCCGUGAUUGGCCCGUCUCGGCUCUGGGCUGUGCGUCUCAGAGCUCCAUCGCUCAGGAUUCAGCUGCAGCUGACAGCACCGCAGAGCCUCCAAGCAACGAGCCCCUCAACCUGUAGGGGGCAGCGUCUGCCUCCGUGUUGUGUUUAGUUUGUGAGUGCAGACAGAGGUUUGGGUAACCUCCUCCUGCUUAUCGUCCAGACUACACACCCCAGAAACCCCCUGUGAUGUGGCGCUGUACUUAUUUUUUCACUUAAUAAACUUUAGUGUGAAUUUAA